AUGUCCAAGCCCAUGGAUCACGUAAAGCGUCCUAUGAAUGCCUUUAUGGUGUGGUCUAGAGCUCAGCGGCGAAAAAUGGCUCAAGAAAACCCCAAAAUGCACAAUUCGGAAAUCAGCAAACGCCUCGGAGCGGAGUGGAAACUUCUCACCGAGUCGGAGAAAAGGCCCUUUAUCGACGAGGCGAAGCGGCUGAGGGCGAUGCACAUGAAGGAGCACCCCGACUACAAAUACAGACCACGGAGAAAGCCUAAAACUUUAAUGAAAAAAGAUAAGUUUGCUUUCCCAGUGCCAUAUAAUUUGGGAGAACACGAUGCAUUAAAAGUAAGUGGCUUACCAAGCGGAGCGCUCUCCGAGUCCCUCAUAAGCAACCCGGACAAGGCAGCAGCGGCAGCUGCGGCUGCAGCGGCCAGAGUUUUCUUUAAUCCAUCCAUGGCAGCAAACCCUUACUCUUUCUUUGACUUGGGCUCGAAAAUGACCGAACUUUCUCCGCCGUCAUUUUCUUAUGCGUCUCCUCUGGGUUACCCAAGCGGCGCGACAGCUUUCUCCAGUACUGGAACAGUUGGAAGCGGAACACACACCCAUACACACUCGCAUCCAUCGCCGGGCAACCCAGGGUACAUGAUCCCCUGUAACUGUACAGCGUGGCCUUCUGCAGGUCUACAGCCACCUCUGGCGUACAUCUUACUGCCCGGGAUGGGCAAACCUCAACUUGAACCAUAUCCUGCGUACGCAGCGGCAUUAUGA